UGAUUCAUAACGUUUGGUGUUUUGUACAGCAAGCAUGUUACACUGGUUUAUCGUUACUUACAAUUUUAUCAAUUUCUGCACUGAAUAGAUAAACAGUAAUGGACCGAGCGUAACUGUUAUCUGCAUGUUUUCAGCUUAGACGUAUUUUGGACGUGGUUAACAACACACCUAAUGCGAAAAGAAUUGUUUCAGUUUAAUUAAUCAUCAAAUCGAUGAUUUGAGAAUAUCUCGAUUCCGCCACGGAAUUUUUGGGUCAUGGCACAGAACAACAAUACGAUGAAAAGGAAAAAUGUUCCAAUUACCAACGCAUCUUCCAGAGGAGAUAGUUCUCAGACCGCCUUGAAUAAACAUAUUCAUAUAAGCAAACCGGCAAUACAUGGAAGUUUAUAUCAUCUCCACAUAGCUACAGUAAUUCUGUUACGGGCAUAUGAUACACAACAAAAAAAUAAGGACUUCAACUUCAACAUUACGGUGGAGGAUCCUCAUGCUGGAAAAUUUGACGAUGUAGUUCUACGUUACACUUCUCAACAGGUAAAAGAUGGGGCAGUUUAUCUGCAAAGCAAACAUAGAGAUUUGUCGAAUUCUAAACACCCAUUACCAAACAAAAAAUCGAAAACUACGCCAACAAUUACCAGAGCCGCUUUGUUGGAUAAGGGAAGAACUUCAAAUCCACCGUUUUCGAUACCCGUCUAUUUUUUAUCUUUUGUUGAAAGUAAUCAUAGGAUAGGACAACAAAAUUAUUAUUUCUUAUGUACCAACGCGCAGAUCGACGAUGGCAUCAUUCAAUACUUUUCCCAAGUAAUUCCUAGUGAACAUUAUAUUCUUCAAUGUUAUCAAGAUCUUGAAGCCACUUUUUAUCAAUUCAAUCCAGAUACCAUAUUUGGCCAACUCGAAGAAACCAUUAAAACAGUCAGCCUUGACAAACUAGGCAAGCUAUUAGCGAAAUCUAUUUAUAACAAACAGAAAAUAACUCUUGAUAAUCCGCUGUACAACAUGUAUGCCGCAUUGAUAAGUAGAAUUGUUGAGCAGUCUAAUACAGAUCUAGCAUCUUUACAGCAACCUAACGAUAUCUAUAAAUUUAAAAAAGAGUUUUUAGAAGCACCAGAACAAUCAACCAUUGGAAUGCUACGUAUAGCUUUAGUAACAGAAUAUAAAAAAAAUCUUAAUGUAGGAAAAGAGAUUUGGUCUGAUGUGGAUGAGAAAAAAAUCUGGUUGGAUCCUAAUUUUUCGAUAACAGCAGUCAAUGAUAUGUUCGAUAUGAUAAACAAAGAUGAGUCGGAAUACGCAAAGAUUGAUGCAAAAAUAAAGGAGUUUUAUGGAAAAUUCAUGUUAGUUUGUGAAGCAACAAAUGAACUUACGCUUGAAAGUAACAGCAAAAAAAUAUUAGCAACGUUAACUGAUACUGAGAUAAAUGCCACCUUUAAUAACAUGCAUCUUUCAAUAUUGGACGCUAUGAAAAAAGCAAACGGCUUACAACUUGACUCGAUCUAUUUAACUAACAUAUUCAAAAAUAUUAAGUGCAACACUUGUUACAUUGAAUGGGCUGAUUCCACCAAACAAUAUGUAGAGUGUCUAAACAUAAUAUAUUCAUUUGUUCAGAUUAAUCCUAAGUGGCUGGAAAAAUCUUGUUUCUACAGUUAUAUAGAUAAAAAAAGUACUAACAAAAUUAUUAUUAUUUUAGCUCGAAAAAUGUACAUCUUAGUUCCAUCAUUAUAA